GAUCAACUUCUCAACACUUAGAAUACAGUGAUCGCUCUAUUCACAUUACUACAUUCUUAUCUGAUACUACUACAAUUUUUGAAUCUGAUACUGAGCAACAAUUAUAUCAACCUGCUGAAAUUCCUGAAAAUAUAACUAAUGUUCAAUUUCUUACACUAACUACUGAGUCCUCUUUUUUUUCAAACAAGAUGGAUACUGAUAGUAUUGACGAAUUAGUACUAUCUGGAGCUCCCCCUUCUUAUCUAACUAAGGAACAAGAACAAAUUCACCCUUCUACUCCAGAAACUAUUCUCAACCUGGAGCAAGGAAACUUAUUUGUUUCACUUCUUGAAGAUACAGUAUUACAACUUUCUGAAGGUUUUCCUAGCCAACAAACUUGGGAUCACAAUCAAAGUCAACCUACUUCACCUACAGGCUCUGACCAUACUCAAGUUCAUACCAUUAAUUAUAUGAUUUAUUUGCUAAUAAUGAGUUUGCAG